AUGCGAACGAUCCACCGUGCGGUGGAUAUCGUUGGCGGCGUGAUGGGCGUUGUCCUCUGCUCGGCAGUUAUCAUACUUACUUCUACGGUGGUCAGGAAUAAGACCAUGAAGAUGUACAAGAUUAUGAUUAUGAGUACGGCUGCCGUUGAUCUGAUCUACUCACUCAACUGUCUGAUUACACUUUCUGUAAGUUUUUUAUUAACCAUACUAUAAAAAGAAAUUUUUACAUCAAAAUAUACCAUUUAACACGACAUAAAUACCUUUACAUUUUAACUUUACAUCUUUUUUUGACAUACUUGGGCCCAAAAAUACCAACGAAUUGCAUACCGGAAGUUCGUGUCGCGUUUGACCACACAUGGGCAACAUUAAGGCAAUUGCCAGGAAAUAAACAGAUCACUGUGUAAAAACGAUAUUCGGUAUUUUACAAUAGACAGGGUUAAUGUAUACAUAUAAUUAUAACAAAGUUUUUUCGAUAAUUAUAAAUAGGAUUGACCAAAGAAUAUUGCACUCGCAUAAGAGUACAAGAAAGGAGAUUCGUGAGGAAAUUCUGAAUUACGGAGUCUCAAGGCGUUAAACUAACUACGAGCGUGACGCUUGGUUUCCAAUCAUACUUGGAACUAGUAAAUAAUUGGCUCUAUAAUUGGUUAGUACUCACGUUUGAUUUCUUUGCUUUUUUGCAAUGCGUAUAAACCAUAAUUAGAAAUGGUGGAUAAAAUUUUACAAAAAAAUUCUUGGCCAGAGCCAAACUAGUUAUUAAAGAAACGUUUUUCAUUUUACCAAGUAUCAAUCGCAUGAUGACAUAGCACAAGAUAUAGAACACAUUCUAGGAUUAUUUAAUGGCCUAUUUUAACAGUUUGCCAAAACUUGAGACAUUUAAAGUCUAUAUGCAAACAUAGAUCUUGAUCUGAUCACCAUAAAAGAGAUCACGCCUUAAAAUUACAAGAAUACAUUUUUCAGACCGCCACUGCCGCCAAGAACCUCGUUUUCAUCAGUGUCGACAACCCCUACCUUCCCCGCGGCCCGAACAUCGUUUACGUUGCCGUCGCCACCCAACUUCUCACAAUGUUCCUGGCCGUCGCUGUUCUUCCACUUCAAUUCAUCUACCGUUACGGUGUUCUACGUUCCAAGCCCUUCACGAAAGUUCAAAUGGCAUUGAUGGGAUUGGUUUGUCUUUUCGCUGCUAUCUGUCAUGCCUCUUCCUGUCCUCUGGUAUAUCAUCCAAGAAGCGAUUACUACGACGAAGUUUUGGCUGGUGUUUGGGGAAUCGCAAACAAGUCUGAUCUGCCCAUGUAUAUUGUGGGAGAUCCUACGGAAAUCUCGAUGAUGCUGCAUUUCUCUGAAGUGUUUAUUAUCACCGGAGGCGCUUACAAUGUCAUUUUGUAUGUGCUCAGAUUGACAAAGAAGAUCUGGAAUGUCGAUGGCAUGGAGUAUUCGGAGAGCACAAAGCUGAUCCAAAAACAAAUGACAAAAGUGCUGUAUUUACAGGUGAGUAAAAAUCGAAGUAAAAAGCUAAAUAAUUGCGCAAAAAAUAUUGUAACUUUACGGCCAUCUCAUUUUGCAUUGCAAUUAAACCUUUUAACAACUCAUGCUAAAAUUUUGAACUUUACUUGAUCACUUACAAAUCGCUUUUUUCAGGCCGCCUACCCUCUGUUUGUUGUCCUCAUCCCAUGUUUCCUCUUCCCAGCCGCCGCUAUUACUGGAAGUGAGGUCAAAUUGCUUGGCGAGUUGUCCUUCCUACUUGUCCAUUCCACUCCCGCCCUAAAUGCUUUAUCAGUCCUCAUUUUGAUGCCGUCCUACAGAAAUUACUUCCUCGGAUGUGUCAGCAGCAAAUAUGUGAACCCUGUAACGUCCGGAGCCACCUCGAUGAAUCGGCAGAGCAAAACAGCCAUCUCAGCGGCCAGCAGCGGAGAAAUGCCGGUAGUUGUGCAGAAAGAAGGCUGA